GUUUGACAUUGAGGCUGCUUUGCCUAACAGAUCACUGUUUUAUGAAUUUCUAAAUAUAUUUGUCCCAGGAUAUUUGCCGAACGUUAUCGCCGUUGCUAAGUAAAUGCCCGUUGACAAUGUCUCCUAAUAUUUUUUCUGACUCAUUUUGUUAAUCAUUACAAGACGAAUAGAUAAACGCGCCAUUUUCCAGUGAACGUAUCAUUUUUGGAGAGAAUACGUCUUUUCGAGUGCAUUCUAAAGCUAGCUUAGCUCUGUGCUGAGUCGACGGCGAUGGCGUCGAUGGAAAAUUUACUCAAGAUUGACAAAAAGGAUCAUGCUUACGAAGUUCUUCGAAAUUUAAACAGCUACAGAAAAGAGAAAAAACAUUGUGACUUUCUAAUCAAAGCGGGGUCCGAGGAAAUUCCAGCUCACAGGAAUGUUUUGUCGGCAUGCUCUGACUAUUUCAGGGGGAUGUUAUCCCAUGAGACUAAAGAAAAUGAGUCUGGAGUUGUGACAAUUAAGAAAGCAGACCCCACAUGUGUAAAGAGAUGCAUCAAUUUCAUCUACACCGGAGAAGCGUCCGUUGAAGGGGUAGCACAUGCAGACUUGAUGCAUGUAGCUCAUUUAAUGCAACUUCAAAGGUUGUGUGAUGGAGUUACUCUUUCUCUCGAGGAAGAACUCAACGCUGAAUCCUUUUUUCUGACGAAGCAAAUUGCAAACACUUUCUUUAUCAAGCAUUUAGAAGAAGUAUGUGAGAGAUAUGCACAAGAAAACUUUCGAUUGAUUUCACUGGAAGAUGGUUUUAAAUACCUGGAAAAAGAUUAUGUUUCAUUCUUGAUCAAAUCAAAAUCCACCCAGGCAUCUGAGUCUGCAAAGUGCAAAGCAUUAAUUAUUUGGGCUAGUGUUGAUUUGGAAUCACGUAGCAAGUGCUUCGAAGAUGUUCUCGGUCAUCUGGAUCUUCUGAAAAUUCCUUUGGGAUAUCGUCGGUAUUUGGUGGAAAAAGAACCUCUUGUGUUUCUAUCCAAUCCAUGCCUGAAAGCUUUUUUGAUAUCCAUCAUGGACAAGGCUAAUGUUUUUGCCAAGGAUUUCACUAUACAAGAUGAUGGAAUUAGCAAUGCAAUCUCUGUCUUUGAUAAAGCUACAAGAGCAGUACAAGUGUUUGAACCAGAACAGAGAAGAUGGACUCGUAUGCAGAACAUUCCUGAUGAAAUAGUGAACAAGCAAUUUACUGCAGUCCAGCUUGGUGGUCACAUAUAUAUUUUAAUGACCGAUAAAACUGGACAUCGAUUGAACUAUUCUGAUCGUGCUGCAACCUGGACACGCGUAGCAGACAGAACGCAUACGAGUAAGGUGGAAGCCGUUGUUGUAGAUGGAUCGAUUUUUGCUUUUGAUAGCACUGGAAAUGGCAGUAAGGCUGUUGAAAGAUUAGAUCUUUCGGAUGGUUCGUGGACCCAUGUUACAGAUAGGGAACAACCUUGUCAUGAAAUUUUUGUUGUGUCAGCCCAAGGUUUGAUAUACUGUGGCGGAGGUUUCAAUGGAAAUGUGCUGUCACAUUUCUUUAGCUAUGAUCCAAUAUCCUCGAAUUGGGCAACUCUCACUUCAAUGCCAACUGCAAGAAGAGGUGCUGCGGCUGCAGAAAUCAAUGGCAGGAUCUAUGCCAUGGGUGGCAAUGGACUGCGAAGUGUUGAAUGCUUCGAUAUCGAAGGACAAUCAUGGACGACAAUUAGCAAUAUGAAUCAUCCAAGAUAUUUCUUUUCAGCAUGUGUGCUCGGGGAAAAAAUAUUCGUAGUUGGAGGGCAGCAAUCCAACGAGACCAUCGAAGUGCUAGAUCCAUAUGAGAAUGCAUGGAACAUUGCAGAAACGAUGACCGGGAAGAAUAUUCACGCAGAAGCAGGAGUUGCAGUUAACAUGUUCACUUAGCUAACACGAUGUCGGGUCAUUAAGUUAAGCGGAUGAUUUUUAAUUUCUAUGAUUAAGUCAAUUUUAUUUUAUAAUCUUGUGGCAUUGUAUUCAGAUACUCAAUGAAUUUGCCAGCACUGGCUCAAUAAUGAAAUGACAUUGUUUAACUACAUGUUUGGCUAUAAUUGACGACUUUUGUAAAUAGUUGCUAUCAAUCUGGUUUGAUUUUGAGUUUGAAAUCAUUAAUAAAUGAUCUGUGAUCUCACUCAG